ACGACGGUUGGAGAUUCAUACAGUUAAUACUCACAUUAUUAACCUUUACAGUCAGUAUAUCGCGUUUAUUCAUAGUAUUUACUGAUAUUACUAAUAUCUACAGAGAAAUGUUCAGUUUAUUCCACUGCUGGGAGAGCCGUUACUGAUUUAAGAGCUGAAGACUUUUCUCUGAAGUAAUCAGUUUCACAUUGGCAGAAACUGAUGGGACAUUGUUUGGACAGCUGCACCACUCAGAACUCCUACAAAACAUUAGAAAAUACUCCUCCAAGGACUUUACCUCAUCGAAAUGUCAUGAAGAAGACGUACAUGUCUGACUUAUACUCCAAAUAUGCUGAGAAACCAUGGAGUGAGACAUUUCAGCUGGUGCGUAGAUGCAUGGACAAAACUAGAACAGAUCCAAAACCAUGUGACCCAGUUAUGAGGUGCCAACAAAAACUUAAUGAAGCUCUUAAUGUGGCCUCUGUGAAUGCCAUGAUGACCAGGCUGGAGAUGAUCGCCAAACAGAAAGGACUGGGCUCCCACCGGAGUCCCACAGAAACUGCUUGCUACCUGACAGCAGAUCUGUUCUACCUGGAGGUGCUGCUGCUGCCUGGGGGAGGGGUGCAGGAUGUGAAGGUAGCCCAGCAUGGUGAAGCUCCUGAAUCAAAUUCAGCACUCUGUCAGUUGUUGAGGAUGAAGAAAUUUAAGGAAUUCUCAGUCAAAUUAGAUGACCUUGCUUCUCUCUACAACAUACCAGGAGACAGUGAUACAAAGAUAAAAGUCUAUGCAUCACUUCAGCAUCUGCAGAAAGACAUACUCAAGAUAUCUAACUUACCAAGACGUCUGAUAGAGAGCGAUGUCCAUGUUGACAUGGUUCUGAAUGGCAGAAUUGGGAACUUCGUGCCCUGCAGAGAAGGAAACCCAAUGAGCAUCCAGUACUAUAUCAGGCCCUCUGAUGUUCUGAUGGAGAUGUUCUGUCCAGGUGAAGGCAGUCGUGGCCAGGUUGCCAUGGUGGUGGUAGGUGCCAGUAGCACUACACACAUGUUGCAGAUGGAGUCUCAUAUCCUUACUCCCCCUCAAUUCGAUUCACUGGGGUUUCCAGUGUUUAGGCCGAUGUCUGAAGUGAAAACUGAGUCACUCCCAGCCUUCUUUCUUCUCAAGCUCCAGCCACCAGUACCCACACUCAACUCCUUCAUCCAGCAAAUGAACCAAAUAACAGAUGUUACACCAGAGGCUGACCUGCAGGUGGAGCCCCUGUUCCAGCUGAUAAAGCAGCUCAGCCUGACAGAAAAGACCUGUGAGAGCAUGUGUGAUGAAGAGGCUAGUCACUUUCAUGUGACCCUGCCGGAUGCUGAGCUUCAUAGCUAUGUGUUCGGUGGUGCUGAGUGGAAGUGUGACUUGUGGAAAGGUGCUUUAAUUCAUGCAGUUCCCUUCACCCAUCCUGCCCACGUACCAGCUUUACUGGAGCUCCUCCGCCAUCAGUCAGUCAUCAACGCCUUAUUAGCAAGCUGCAUCACCAGACAUGAACAACAACCAGGUCCCACAUAUGAACUGAACUGUGAAGUUCUCCCGGAGUCUGCCUUUAGCUUUUCUGUGACCUUCAGCCUAUUGGACAGUGACUCACUGGCUGUUUUGCUGGUUUCUGUGUUGGACUGUCGUCAGGUGAAGUGCAGGCUCCUGAUGGCUGAUUUAGUGGAUCCUUCUUUGGAUGACUACAUCUCCAGAGUGCUCACACGGUGCAUGUCUAUCCCCAUCACCAUGAGAGCCAUACGGAGGAGAAUAGCCAGUCUUAGACCUCCAGCACCCCAGUUUCCUGAACCUGUCUGUGCUCUUAUGGCUGAAGGCUCUCCCUCUGUGGCCCCCCACUCUGCUGUAGAGAGCUUCCCAGUAACACUCCCCACUGCUCUGCUCUCCCCAGAGCCCAUGGAGGAGGAUGGGCCCUCUCCUCCUAGUCACUACGUCAUGUCUGUCGCUGCCGCCCCGGCGGUUGAUGGUGCUAAUACAGAUGCAGUUGCUAACCCUUCCCCGUGUGCCUCUAUGAGUGUCUAUUCCCACUGGGGGACCAGCAGCCUCCCAGCAGAGCUCAUUUAGAAGAGUGUGAAGGGUGGGGCUGUUGUUGAGAGCAAUCUUAGUAUUAUUUACCUUUUUUAAGAAAAUAAAUUUAAUAAAGAUGAUAUUUUAAAAAUUAAGAAGCUGUCAUAGAAAAUGAAUCAAAUUAUUUUUAUUAGAAAAUUAGACUACCUUUUGAAAAUGUUUAGAGAUAUCCUUAAUCAUUUGAAAUUAAUUCUAAAUUAAUAUUAAGUAUUAUAGAAUUGUGGCUUAUAUGUGGCAUAUUAUGAUAUUAUGCAUUAAUUAAAAUUAACACAGAUAAUAGAGUGUAGUGUUGGGAGUCUUGUCCAAGGACUGAUGUAGUGUAGUGUGGAGUGUUGGUGAGAAGGUAGUAGUGUUAUCUGUUACUCUACACCAAUCUCCUCAGGGUGGAGGUCCUUGCUAAUUGAAAUGGAAUUAUUUAAAAAAGGUUAGCUUGUCCCAAAUGUAAGAAAGGCAGUGUACUAUAGCUAGAUCUUUUGAAGGAAAUUAAAAACACAAACUGUAGUGAAUAGGGCAGAGAGAGAACAUGCAACAAGCACUAAACAGCCACCUCAGCACCCAGGGAGCAAUUGGGGUUAAGGGUUUUAAUAAAGGGCCCCUUCAACUGGUAAUGCUCAGGGAUGGGAUGGUCUUGUUCCUUUACUUCAAUUUGUCGACUUCCUGCCUGUCCAGCGGAUUGAACUGGCAAACUUACUGUUCUAAAACUAUUUUUGCAACAUUAAUGGUCACCUGGUUUUGAUACAGCAGCCUUCCAUAACCCCAAAUCAGAAGAAGCUGGAGCAGUAUAAAAAAUGAAAAAAAUAAAAUCAUACUGCACUUCACUUUUAUUUUGCAAAUUUCGCACACAAACAGGCCAGGCCAGCACCUGUCCCCUUUUCUGCCACAGCCAUGUCGUUGUGAUGUGUGCAGCAUGUGGUUUUGCAGUGUCUUGUUAAAAACUGCACGGAUGUGCCUAAAAUAUUUUGCCUUGAAAGAAGCAUAUGUUACAUUUAUUUGAGUGCAACUCUUUAUUGCAGUGCCUGACAAUGGUUUGGCAAAGUAAUUCUUUGACCAUGUGGUUCUGUUAGCUAUUGUUAAAUGAUGGUUGUUGAAGUACAGCCAUCUUAGUGUUAGGAGGCCAUGUGUGUCUUACAAACUAAAACUCUUCCAGAUUCAUCAAAUGUUUUAAUGAUGGUAUUCACAAGAUAGUAUGCACAGGAAAUAAUUGUUGGAUGCAAGUAAAAAAAAUGGAGGUCCUGCUGUCCAUAUUUGCUUCCUUUUGUUAGAUAUUAUGAUAACAUUCACUUCUUUGUGUUAUUUUUUGCAUUUUUCCUACUGUCCCAAAUGUUUUCUGAUUUGGGGUGUAAUAGGUAAUUAUUUGAGCUUCUGCUAAAGCAGAUAUCCAAAGUUACUUACAUUUCAAUUAUUUUACACAAACUAAGUACACAAAUUUAAUGUAAAGUCUUGUAAAGGACUGUUAUUGCUGUCAAUAAAA